UCCCUCAUCUUUAUCCGCUUACAGGAAGUAAUAGUUCACUAACGCCUCCCGGAACUGCAUAGCGAUAAGCCAAUCAGCGUUCGGCCCGUGUAAGCCAAUGGCGUGCGGUUCUGUCCUUCGCGGGAAGUAAAUGCUGUCGCACCUGGCUGUGUCUGUCACUGAGACGCGUUUCUGUCGUGCGGAAGUGACCUUCCGUUUGAAGCCUUGGACAGAGCAUCCGGUAAGGUCCUUAACAAGCAGUGACAUUCCCAGGGCCUCAUUCCCUAUCGGUUCUUCUACGUGCACCUCCAGUUCAGACUACAGACUAGGUAUAGUUCACUACGUACUGUAAACUCCAUAAACCGCUAGGACUGCGCGGAAGAGUGAUCUGCUCACAGCAUCCUGAAGCAGAUGAGAUGGACACCAACAAAACACCACAGCCCGGGAUGGAAUUUUCAUUUUCUGCCACAGUGCUGGACUCCCAGGAGUCUGCAGGACUUGAUAAGUGUGGUGAAAAUGUAUUGUGUCUGUCUGAUGCCGAUAUCACUCAGUCUGAUGCCGAUGUGUCUCAGUCUGAUGCCGACGUCACACAUUCUGAUGCCGAUGUGUCUCAGUCUGAUGCCAAUAUCUCGCAUUCUGAUGCAGCAGAACUCACUUUACAAGCGGGAACUUCAGAGCCAGAUUUGCCUCAAGUCUCUGGGGUAAAUGAGGACAAUCCUCUAGAUCUUCAUAACGUUAAAGUUGACUCUGAGCUUUCCGUAAACGCUGGUGCAGUUCCGGGUCCUGUUGAUCUGCAGAUCAAUGCUAAUAACUUACAGCAGGAGCCACAAAGUUCACCAUCUCCUUCUUCUAAUGUGACUGAUUCGGGGCCCCUGUCAGAAGAAUUACAGGAGGGAGCACAGGGUCCGUCUCAUUCCAGGAAUAGAAAUAUUGUGCGAUUAUGUUGGACAGGGGAUGCGGAUCAUCCUCUAGAUAGGGAACGUGUGCGCCGCCUCUUGUUCGACUCGAUGGGCUUUCGCUCACAAGACAUACUCGUCGUCACUGAUGUGUCUGGCUCCAAGUUCGAUGUCAGUUUUCAAGUGGCAGAAUCUCUACCUAAGUUCUGGUCCUUGUACAAAAAAAAGGGCCCCACUGAUAUGUGGAAAUCUGUGCAAGCCAGACCUGUUUCCAGUUCACAAGUUAAAACGGUGACAAUAGCAUUUAAAAAUGAGAUGAUACGUCGGAAAGAUGUUCUGAGUUGGCUCCAGCAGCACUGCACUGUCCUGAGCCCGGUGAGACGCGUCAGGUGUAGUUACGGCGUUUGGACCGGUGAAUGGAGAGCGCAAGUGAAGUUGAAUGUGGUGAACAAUGUCCUGCAGCACCUGCCCAUUACAUUCUUUAUAUGGAAUGAGAGGGGAGUCGUUUCUUAUUUCGGUCAGCCCCGUAUCUGUUAUGUAUGUGAAUCUACAGAGCAUUUUGCCAGUGACUGCCCCAUAGAGAAACAGCGCAGGGAUGCGGAUCUAGACCUUUAUCGGAUGGAUAAUGACGAUGACUAUGAUUACUAUACACCGUAUAAUGGCUGUGGUGCCGAGACUGCUUCAUGCAGACAGUCCGUUGGCAUCAGGCUUUAGACCUCUCGUGACUGCUUUCAAAAGUUGACUGUGGGAUUACCAAGCUGUAACGGCAAAGACAACGAGCAAAAGACCAUUCGUAAUCUGAAGGCCAGAGAGUAGAAGUUGUGCCUCGUUGUAAUUGCAUCUAUUUCUUCAGUUUCUUCUCUAUAAUUUAGCAUAAGAGACGCUCUUGUUAUGCCAAGGCAGUAUCUCAUGCUCUUCAUCAGCCGACCUCCCUCACCAUCAGUCCAUGAAUCAAGUGGGACAUCCUUUUGUUGCAGAAGCUCUGAGAUUUGACAGAUAUUGAUACUGACAGAAAAUUCUACCUUCCUCUAUCCUUCACAGCAGAAAACAAGCUCUGCAUGGAGAAUGUUUGAUUUGUGUUGAGAGUAAAACUUUACUGCCAUUUGUUUAGAAAUCAUCAACUAAUCAGCACAGGAAUUUGACACAUGUCCACAUUACCUAUAGACUUAUUGCAGUAGUUGUACCAACAUGGCCCCUUUCAGCUUCUCGGCCGUUACUGAAGGAAUAAUAACACCAAAAAAUGAAAGUACUUUAAAAGAAUGACAAUAUCAUGUAAUGGUACCCUGUACUGCUAAAGUGGCUGCAUUUGCUUCAGGAAAGACUACUAUAGUUUGUACAAAUAAGCUGCUGUGUAGCCAUGGGGGCAGCCAUUCAAGCAAAGGAUACACAGUAGAUAACAGAUAAGUAC